GUACUUACGUGGAUAUACGGAUAUACCCAAAUUGCAAGGUAGCUUGUCGGCUUGACUCGUCAGGUUCAAUUUCCAUUUUUAGUCUUCUGCUUCCAUUGCCAGUUCUUAUGAGGUCUCCAAUCUCUUCAACUCUGUCAAUACUUCUAUACACUCUGCUUCAUAUUUCGAUGUCGUCUACAGAUCCAAUCCAAGAUGGGUUCUUGCAGUGCCUUAUCAACAAUUCUUUACCCUCCCCUCCAAUCUCUUCUGUUACCUACUUUCCCAAUAACCCAUUAUUCAAAUCUACAUUACAGUCCUACAUCAGAAAUCUAGUCUUCACAUCUCCUACAACCCCAAAACCAUUGUUUAUUGUGGCUCCAACCCAUGUUUCUCACAUCCAAGCAUCAAUCAUUUGCUCCAAAAUUCAUGGCUUGGAGAUCAGGAUCCGAAGUGGAGGCCAUGAUUAUGAUGGCCUCUCAUAUGUCUCAAAUUCCCCAUUUAUCAUCCUUGACAUGUUCAAUCUUAGAUCAAUCAGUAUAAAUAUAGAAGAUGGAAGUGCUUGGGUCGAAUCGGGUGCCACACUUGGUGAACUUUUUUAUGGGAUUGGUGAGAGGAGCAAAAUCCAUGGUUACCCAGCUGGGGUUUGCCCAACUGUGGGUGCUGGAGGUCAUUUUAGUGGAGGUGGGUAUGGUAAUAUGAUGAGGAAGUUUGGUUUGACAGUUGAUAACAUUGUUGAUGCAAAAAUUGUUGAUGUUAAUGGCAGAAUCUUGGAUAGAGCAUCAAUGGGGGAGGAUCUUUUUUGGGCUAUCAGAGGAGGUGGUGGAGCUAGUUUUGGAAUCAUAGUUUCCUGGAAGAUUAGACUUGUUAUUGUCCCAGAAUCCGUCACUGUUUUUAAGGUUGAGAAAACGUUGCAACAAGGGGCAACAGACGCUGUCUACAAAUGGCAAUAUGUUGCUCACAAUGUUGAUCAAGAUCUCUUUAUAAGAUUGGUUUUGAUGUCUUCCAAUAGAAAGGGUAAUGAGACCAUUAAGGCUAAAUUUGUGGGCUUGUUUCUUGGAAAUGCAGAGAGGCUUGUGGAUCUCAUGGAUGACAGUUUCCCUGAAUUGGGUUUGUCAAGCAAGGACUGCAUCGAAAUGAGCUGGAUGGAAUCGGUUCUCUUCUGGUCUAAUUAUCCAAAAGGAACAUCAAUGGAUGUUCUACUCAAUAGAGAACCUGGAUCAGAAAAGUUCUUGAAGAAAAAAUCAGACUAUGUAAAGGAUCCAAUACCAAAGGCUGGCCUUGAAGGAUUAUUCAAGAAGAUGAUGGAGUUGAAAAAACCAAAAUUGACAUUCAAUCCAUAUGGAGGGAAAAUGGAUGAGAUUUCGGAAUCCGAAACUCCAUUUCCACAUAGAGCAGGGAACAUAUACAAGAUUCAGUAUUCAGUGAACUGGAAAGAAGAAGGAUCCGAAGCUAUGCAUCGCCAUUUGGAUUUGAUAAGAAGGCUUUAUGAUUACAUGACUCCAUAUGUAUCAAAGUCUCCAAGAAGUGCUUAUCUGAAUUACAGAGAUAUUGAUUUGGGCACAAAUGGGAUUGGUAAUGCUAGCUAUGAAGUAGCUAGUGUUUGGGGGACUAAGUAUUUCAAUCAAAACUUUGACAGAUUAGUGCAAGUGAAAAGCAUGGUUGAUCCUGGUAAUUUCUUUAGGUAUGAACAAAGCAUCCCAUCUCUUGCAACUUGGAACAAUAGAAUGCCAGAGUAAAUGGAAGUCAAGAUAGAAUGUUCAGAUCAUCUAUUACGUUGUAUCUUCAUGUUUGUGUGACAACCCUGUUGAGAUUUAUUGUCAUGAUUCAUACUAUGUAGAUGUUCUCCUUAUUGAAAAAAUUAUUA